AGCUGCAGCUACAUUGAGAAAGUUAGUGAGUCUUUGUGCUGUGAGAACCUGAAGAAAGAGUGCAUGUAUAGAGAGUGCUCCCUUUGUCAAGCAAAAGAGCUUAAAACAUCUGACUUUGAUGCUGGUGAGCAGACAUGGUGGUUUGAGUGGAAAAACAAAGCUGAAGAAAAACAAAGAGGGAAACAUGGAGAAGUUCACUAUGCAUUUGACAGUAAAAGAAAAUAUAUGUGGCACACUGCAGAUUCUAUUGGAGGACUUCUCCAAUAGAAGUUGGGGAAACACGUGUACAACAUUCGACACCAAUACUCCAAACUGAGAGAAUUAAAAGAGAAUCUGGGGAAAGAGGAGACCAUUGUGCAUAUUGACUUUGCAGAGAACUACCUGUGUAAAUACACCAGUGAAAUCCAGGCAGUUCACUUUGGUGAUUCUCACAAGCAGGUGACCCUCCACACCUGUGUUGGAUAUACCACAAAUGAUACAGUUUCACUUUGCUCACUGAGCUCUUCUAUGCGGCAUGACCCCUCUGCUAUCUGGGCCCAUCUCUCAAAAACACUGGCCUACUUCCUUGAGCUCUGCCCAUCGGCUACUGCUGUACACUUUGUGAGUGAUGGGCCUACAACCCAGUAUAGGUCUAAAAAUAGUUUUUACUAUCUCUCCACCCGUCCCUUUGAAAUGGGCCUCCAGAGAGUUACAUGGCAUUCCCUAGAAGCCGGACAUGGAAAAGGCCCAGCUGAUGGGGUAGGAGCAGCUGUGAAACGAAGAGCGGAUGAAAUUGUGGCACAAGGCAAGGACCUCCCAAAUGCAAAAACUGUAUUUGAGGAACUGUCAAAAGAUCAGUCAGCUGUCAAGCUCUUAUAUAUCUCAGAGGAGGAGAUAGAGAGCAUCGAAGCCCUCCUACCGGAUCACCUGGAGACAAUCCGUCGGACAAUGAAGAUACACCAGAUGGUCACCGACAGUCCAGGGGAGAUAACUUGGCGGAUACUCAGUUGCUUCUGUUCCUUUCCACAUCACUGCAGCUGUUUCAGCCCACAGACUGUGACUCUGGUUGAAAAAACUGAAGCAGACCAAGAUGGAAAAUUCAACUCAUCUCAAAGCACCAUCCAGCCCAUUGAAGAUCUAAGUGAAGCAUUGAUUGGAAAGUGGUGUGUGGUUGAGUAUGAUCACGACGUUUACCCUGGUAUCGUGCAAGACGUUCACGCAGAGAAUGGUGCUUUUGUGAAAACCAUGAGUCGCAUUGGCCCCUACCGUUGUUUUUGGCCAAUGAGAGACGACAUCAUAUGGUACAGACCACAGCAUGUGCUUGGACUUGUCCCUGAGCCCCACCCAGUGACCAAAAGGCACAUGGAGCUGGAUGCCUUGGUCUGGGAGGAACUUGGCUCUCUUUCUAAGCCUUAGAUACACUUGGAAACUCACUAUACAGUACAUACAAAGCAGGGCAUAAAAUCAUACAUUAAAUAAAACAUGUGUAGCUCUCAGUUAACUCUUCCCUCUAUAUAUGUGCU